GGGCGUGGUUGCGAGGGGAGGAGGAAGUUGUUUGUGUGAAACUCUAACUUCAUGCUAAGAAGAUAUCUAAGGGGGAGAAGCGUCGUUUUCCAAGUACUACAUAUCUCUAAAUAAUGUAUCAAACCGACGCUUCUCCUUCUCCACUUCAGCUAAAGGAGCUAUUGCUUCAAUCAAUAGACGGGGAUGCGAAUGUGUUGAGCAUGGAGAGUGUGGCAGAAGUUAUCUCAGCGCUGGAGAAAUACCCCAUUACUAAAGAAGAACUUGAGGAAACAAGAUUGGGAAGACACAUUAACAACUUGCGUAAGAAGACCUUGAACACAGAGCUUUCCAAACGAGCCAAAAGGCUGCUGAAAACCUGGAGGAAGAUCGCCCUGGUCAGGCAGGAGUCAGUGGUGGCAGCCUCUGGUGUCACUGCAGAGGCAGACACAGACACUCUGGAGGCGGCCUUUCCAGAAACUUGUUUUCCAAAGUCUGCAGAUGUAGACAACAGGAAUUUUCCUCCUAUCACCAAAGACCUAUCCAUUAUUCAAUACAACACGCGAAUAAAGGAGGUCACUGCAGUGGACAGCCCAGAGGUCAUCCCCAGCCCCACAGCUGAGCCAGCGAGCCCGGGUUUCCUCCUCUAUAGACCCGUCACCUCUUCUAAAAUGGUACCCCAGAUCGCCAAUCACAGGCAUCUUGCCAGAAGCAACCAAGUGCCAGCUAGUCCCAAUUCUGGUCUCUUGAAUCCUUGGCUGGGGAAACCCGAAUCCUGGCCUAGAGUAUGUCAGGAACCUGGAAGUUUGGAGACCAUUUCCCCAGCCAGUUGUAGCACACCUCCACACAGCCUGGCUGCUGUCGCUUCAGAUUACUCUGCGAUUCACAAGUGCCCCCAGUCAGCACUGCCUUUCCCAGUCAAUCUGAUGGAGCAUGUUGAAGAGAUGCAGCACAGCAGUAGUUUUCAGCCGUCAACCUUUGAUAAUGAGAACAGAAAGCUCCCAAUAUUGCCUGAGAUUGGUUAUAACCAGCCUAAGGACUAUAUUGGUUCACCAGUGCCAGCAGGCUGUUUAGACACAGAAAGGAUUCCUUCAAAAAAAAAAACCAAAAGAGGGAGAAAGAAGGGGAGGCUCAAAGACUUCCGAGUGAACCUCGACGGCCCACAAUCGGACAAGAUGGAAAGACCAGGGAGGUUAAAAGAACGGAGAAUAACGUACAACCCCAUGACGGGGCAGAUUAUCCUGGCUAGUCAGAAGACAAUGGUGGCCAAUCACGAUGUUGGAGCACUGCCGGUUAGCUGCGGUCAAGUUUCCGAGCUGCGGGAGAGGAACUUGCAGAUUUGGGACAGUAUGGACAAGCAGGACUGGAAGGAGUUUGCCAAAAAAAAGAUCAUUCAAAAAUACCUGAGCAGCCAGUGUCACAGGUUGUCCUUCCCUGGCUUGGAGCCUCAAGAAUACCAUGAACACGUGAGGGACUUCAUUCCAGAGGACUGCUGCCCCACUUCACCUCCUUCUCUAGUGCUGCCAACAGAGCCUAGCACCAGUAUUUCUGGAGUCAGCCGAGAGGUCUCAAUGGAGGACGUGUCUCGACUGCACACUGAAAACUGGCGGGGAGUUAACGGUUGUUACGACGACAAAGGAAACUGGUAUGACUGGGCGCAGUGUAUUUCAUUGGACCCUUAUAGAGACGAAGGAAAGUUGAAUAUUUUGCCUUAUGUGUGCCUUGACUAGUGUCCCAGAUUUGCUAUAAUUAUAAAAAGUCACUUGGCAUCUGCAAGCUGUUCUGAGCAAUGACAUUUGUCAGAACGUACAAUGUUUACAACAUUCUAGGACUACCCCAUUUGGCACUGUAGUGUAUUCUAUCCUUAAGGGUUUACUCUUGUUCCCCAGCUUUAGAAGGUAGACACAGGGUAAUGAAACAGAAUCAUUUCUGGUCCUCAGUCACAUAAACAGGAUGCGGGUAAGUAAAUGAUGAAGUUUCCAUGGAAACUUCAUCCAUUUACAAAGCAUUAGCAUUUAGACAGAACAAAAUCAACUCAUUUAUUCUUUGUAAAUACAGGGAGAAAAAAUAGGUUAUUUAGCCAUUUUUAGGCAGUUGAAAGUUGUAUUUCAUUGCUGACUGGUUAUUUCAGUAUUGUUUGGAGACUACUUGAAUCUUUUUGUUUUAAAUACUGCACAUUUAUUUGUUAUCAAUGUUUUGUGUUUGAUUCAUAUGAAGACUUUUAUGAACAGGUAAUACUAGCAGCGACUGGCUGUUAUUAUCAGAGGGGUAUAUGGAUACCCUACUCGUUUCCCCACAAAGAUUAGCAAAGUUUGAAGAACAUUCUCAAAAACAGCAACAGGAGUGACACCUGGGAAAUAAAAACAGGCAAUAUAGUUGUAUUUUAUAUUAAUACUUGUUUGUUUUCACAGUGAGUGAGGAGUGUAUGGAUUGGGAUCCUUUAGGAUCCUAGGAAAAUGUCAAAUAGGUACUAGAAACCGGAUGAGCACUGAUGUGCCGAAUGGCAUCCUCUGGUUAACUAUGCAAUUCGUUUUAAGUUAAUGCCAUUUACGCUUCAAAACAACUAGACAGGUUAUGGAUCAAUCAUAAAUUAAGCACAUCAGCAGCACAUUUUUCUCACGACAAAAAAUUGUUUAAAAUUUAAUUUUUAUUUGAGAGAGAGAGAGAGAGAGAUAGAGAUAUAUAUAUAUAUAUAUAUAUAA